AUUUUUUGUAAUAUGUGCGCGGUGUUCUCCACGCGCAGUGUUUCUGAUCCUUGCGCAAUCAGGAAUACCAGAUUGAAGAGCAGGAGGCUGCUGUUGGCCCUGACCAUCUUUGCUUAUCUAGAUCGGAUUCUGGCUUCCAUGCCACUGCUGCACUAUGCCUGUGGCCGCGGCCGUGACACGAGUCCUCAGUGCGAGACCUUCCCAAGCAAGAAGGACUGCCAGAUGAUGGAAUACCAUCGUUUCCACGUGCAAAUGCUAAGCGUGAUGGCACAGGUCUUGGUCUUGCCAGAGUACCGAUACUGUUCCUACAUGUGGAUUUGGAUUUUCCUGGCCACCUUGGUGUCCAGCGUCUUCGUGGCCAAUGAGGAAAUCCGCUCGGUCUUGACCGGAACCAGAGACCGCGUGCUCCUCACAACUGAAGGCAAGCUGGAUGUAGAGGAUGCCAAGAACGAGUUCUUUGUGAGGCU